UUGGAAGAGACCGCUCCAGCCAAUGGGAGCGCGCGAGAGGUUAUUUGGCGCGAAAUCUCAUUUUCGCAAGUUCAGCGGUGGCGCAUCAGUUCCGCAUGUGCGUCGUGUUUAUUAUUAUUAAUAUUCUUCUUGUUGUUUAAACUCAGAAUUUGCUACCGCUAACUUCGCUCGCGAACAUGGGGAAGCUCGAAAUCUACGUCCUGUGGAAUCUGAAGGAUCCGCCCAGGCAAGCCAUCAGCAAGUCGGACCGUCUUUGCUUUUCGCUGGCCGUGCCACUGCCCCUGCCCGCUCACCUGGUGGUGUUCACGCGGGGAGCGUGGGGCGCCUACUCGGCAGGCAGCUUCGUGAGUGCAGAGAUGAGGGUGCCUGGAGCCGUCAAAACACAGCCCCUGGGCACCUUGUCUGCAGAGAACAGGAGUCUGGUGUGGGAGGGCGAGUGGACGGACGAAUUUUUGGAGGCUGCUGAAACGCAGGCUGAAUUCGGACAAUUCGCAAAACUGGUGCUCACCGUGGAUGGACGGGUGGUGAACAAGAGGCAGGGCCUAGGCGGGUGCAAGAGGAGUUCCACAGCGUCCCUUCGCUCGUUCUUCAUGUCAGUGGGUGGCCAAACUUCCAUAGAGAGAGAAUCGGCCGAAGACCCUUCAGAAGCUGAGGUCUCUUCACCCGUUGAGGUUUCUCCAAAGGUCUCCAUUUUGGCGACAAAGGUGGAGUCUAUGAAGGGGAAUCACAGGCAGCGCAAGCGCAGUCACCAGUCCACAGAAGAUGGCCCUGACACGCCUCCAGGCAGCCUCCCCAUCGCCAAGCAGUCGCGCAUCUGUCGCAAGCUGCACCAGGCGGGCAGCCCCGUGAGCUCCACGCCCGGCGAGACCUUCUGCUCCACGAGUGCCAGCCCCGGUGAUUCCCCCGGCUUCGGCAGCACAACUCCCGAGGGGAGUUUUGAGAAGAGCGUCAAAGACGCAAGGGAUGAGAAGAAGCCAGCGGGCAAGAGCGUCAAGAAAAUGGCCCAGCAGCUUCAAAAGAAAAGCGAAGAAAAUGCCCUGCCGAGCGCACGCUGGGGCCACAGCCUGUGCCUCAUCGACCCACAAACAGUCAUCCUCAUUGGAGGACAGGGCCACCGCAUGACUUUUUGCAAGGACCCCAUUUGGAAAUUGCACAUUGAGAAUAACUCGUGGUUACCAGCGGAGACGGUUGCCACUGGUAAAACCCCAGAAUGCCGUAUUGGGCACACAGCUACAUUCGACUCGGAGAUGCGGCGAAUCUACGUUUUUGGAGGCUCCAAAAAUGGGAAAUGGUUCAGUGACAUGCACAUCUUGGACAUGGCCACAUGGAAGUGGCAACUGGUGGAGGCCAAGGGCAAGGUUCCACCUCUGGCGUACCAUAGCAGCACGCUCUUCCGCCAUGAGCUGUUUGUGUUUGGAGGCGUUUUCCCACUACCCAACCCACAGCCGGACGGCUGCAGCAACCAACUGUACAUCUUCAAUCCGCAGCACAGCAUCUGGUACCAGCCGAUUGUGGUGGGCGACCUUCCCUGCCCUCGAUCCGGACACUCGAUGAUCCUCCUGAAAAACAAGCUGGUGAUAUUCGGUGGUUGGGAUGCACCCGUGUGCUUCAGUGACCUGCAUGUCCUCGACCUUGGGUUUAUGGAGUAUGCACCCGUGCAAGUCCAGGGAGCCGUGCCUUCUCCAAGAUGCUGGCAUGCAUCUGCCCCUGUUUCGGACAACCGUAUGAUCAUUCACGGAGGAUAUAAUGGCCAACGUGCUCUCACGGACACGCACAUCUUCAACGUUGAUACGAGCGAGUGGACACAGCUCACGAGUGACCCCUUUGGGUCGGUGCCACGUGCUGGCCACUCUAUCCUCGCACUGGCGUCUCUGGAUGAUGCCAAAACGGAAGGAGCGACUGGGGGGCACGAGGCCCUUACCACGCUGCUCGUUUUCGGUGGGGGAGACAAUGAGGGGGGCUUCUAUAACGAUGUGUGUCUCGUGCCGCUAAGAGAGGUCCUGGAAGGCGUAGUGUAGGGAUUGGUUCCUGAUUUUGUUGUCGAUCCGAAAGUGUGAUGUCCACCGGAAAGGAUGCCGCGUGUUUCAAAACUUGCGUGCAUUUCCUCCAGAAAGUUGCGUGAUGAAUCAUCCGACGAUGUCACUUUUGUAAGCAUGAAUACACGUUAAUUUAUUACAAUGUCAAUAACCCCAAUAUCUGAAAAAAUAUCCGAAAUUGUCCUUAAUCUGAAAUUCCUCCCUAUUAUAUAGGAAUUGGGCAGAACUGCUACUGUAUUCCCUGGAUUGUGGUCUGUUUUUUGUACUUUUUAAAAAUUUAAGCAAAAGUUGGCAGUGCAUCUUUUCCAAUAGUGCUGUGUGACCAGAUUUGCAUCACGAUUGACAAUGGCCAGGCACACGUUUGUGGUGCGUCUUACCUUCUGGAUCGUCUUAUAAUCUGAAGAAUAUGAUCAUCUUGUCUCGCUCCUGUUGUUCUUUCCAGGUUAAAUACUUACAUCCAUCUGAAUGCCGCAUUGAGUUAUGUCUACAAGGCCCCUAAACGUUGUGCUGGCAUUGCCAUUCAGCCUUGCAGGAAUACUCGCCGAUUUUCGCCAUGUGCUGUUGUGGUGGUAUAUUCAUGGCUUCUCAAAAGCCACUCUACCUUAAAUAUUGAUGUUAAGAUAGUCCAGAUUCUAGUUUAAAAUAUGACAUUAAUUAGCAACCUUGCAUUUUAAAUGUUUUCAGGUGUAAAUGUGUCUCCUGUUGCAUUCUGCUUUAUUGUGUGUGUGUGGCAUU